AUGUCCGAUACGGCUGAAGGCACUCGGGCGGCCGCGGCGCCCAAUGCCGUGGAUCGCUCUCCAUCGCCAACAAACAUCGCUAGGCAUGGUCACGAGCCGUCACGCAUUGCCCAACCUUCCACUUUCCUUCUUCCCCGAGGCCAAAAUCGCGCGAUGCAGGAUAAGCCGUUGAGCUCGGUGGACAGGGACCAGCUGAGCGGGUUGAAAGCAAUCCGCGAUUUCCUCAAGAAACGAACCAGUUACGACGUCCUUCCUCUCUCCUUCCGACUCAUCAUUCUCAAUACCGACCUUCUCGUCAAGAAGAGUUUGACCAUCCUCCUCCAAAACGGAAUCGUUUCUGCUCCUCUCUGGGAUUCGCAUACCUCGACUUUCGCUGGUCUCCUCACAACCUCCGAUUAUAUCAAUGUUGUCCAAUACUAUUGGCAAAAUCCAGAUGCCCUCAACCAGAUAGACCAGUUCCGACUGAGUAGCUUAAGAGAAAUCGAGAAAGCAAUUGGCGUUCUGCCGCUUGAGACACUCUCCGUGCACCCCAUGCGCUCUCUCUACGAAGCAUGCCGUCAAAUGCUAAAGACUCGAGCCCGACGAAUUCCUCUAGUGGAUGUCGACGAUGAGACUGGUCGAGAAAUGGUUGUCAGUGUGAUCACGCAAUACCGGCUGCUAAAAUUCAUAGCGGUUAAUGUCACCGAAACGGAGAUGUUGAAGAAAACUGUCUCGGAAAUUAGUCUCGGCACAUACGGAGACUUGCAGACGGCAAACAUGGAUACCUCAGUGAUCGACGUCAUCCAUAUUAUGGUCAAAUACAGCAUCUCGAGCGUACCAAUUGUCGACGAGGAUAGGCGGGUCCUGAAUGUAUUUGAAGCCGUCGAUGUCAUUUCGGUCAUCAAAGGCGGUGCUUACGACGAACUUACUACAAGUGUUGGAGAAGCGUUGUCGAAGAGAGCAGAGGAUUUCGCAGGAAUCUACACGUGCAGCGAGGAAGAUAGACUAGAUUCGAUUUUUGAUACGAUUCGAAAAUCUAGAGUCCAUCGACUCGUUGUAAUUGAUGACGAGAAUCGUCUUAGGGGGAUCAUUUCACUUUCGGAUAUCCUAAAGUAUGUCCUUCUGUAUGGAGAACUAGACGAAUGAGCACAAAUGGGAUGGAAAUGGGACGAGAUAUCCAAGGAGGCGUUGCAUAGCGAUUUGGCGUACGGAAUGAGAGUCGAGCAUAUCAUGCUGCGAGGCUUAUAGAUCUCUUUCAGUCGCCGUCGAUAAUACCAUUGUUUUUUCAAGGCAAGCAAUUUCUUUUGGGGCGAGUGGGAGAACAUUGUUGCAAGUCAGAUGAAUAAACUUUUGAAAUUGGGUGCCGACACAGAGUGUUAAAGUCAAUACCCUCAAUGUUUGAUGACUGUUGGAACAUUCAAAAAGGAAAAAGUAUGCUGCCGGGAUAUCGUUGGGACAAUCCAUUACCGAACUGGACUUUGAGCACCGGUGGAGUAGUCAUCAUUUCAAGACGUAAGUCAGAAAUGGAAAGUGCUUAUGAGUUGUUGCUGUUUCCUUCUAUCGCAAGUGCGUUGGAGGACCUCCU